AUGAGACAAAAAGAUAGUAAGUAUCAGAAGUUCUUAUCUAUGCUAAAAGCACGGUCAGUCAACAUACCUCUUGUAAAGGCAUUGGAGAAAAUGCCCGGAUAUGCAAAAUUUAUGAAGGUUCUAAUCACCAAGAAUAUAGCAGUCAGUUAUGAGCCAGUUGAUAAUGUCCAUCAUUAUAGUGUUGUAGCUACUAAAUCAUUCAUGGAGAAGAAGGGGGAUCCUGGUGCUUUCACUAUACCUUACACCAUUGUAUCUUUCAACUUUGCUUGUGGUUUAUGUGAUUUGGAUUCUAGUAUCAACCUUAUGCCCUUUGAAGUAUUUAAAAAGUUGGGGUUGGGAGCUUCAAAAUCUGCCUCUAUGAGACUAGUGAUGACAGAUAGGAUGGUGAAAAAACAAGUGGGUAUUAGAUAUGAUGUAUUAGUGAAGCUUGAUAAGUUGAGAUUGAUAUUUGUGAUUGAUAUGUAUGAUGAGGAGGAAGAUUCAAUUCUUAAUGUUGAUGCAGUUACUCUUUGGGAUGAUAGUUCUGAUAUGAUUAUUCUUAUUAAUGAGAGAUUAGGCGUUGAAGCACUUGUAGCCGUGAUCAUAAACUUUAAUGUUGAUGGUAUGGAAGAGUAUGAGGAGAUAGUGGGUGCACUACAUGGGAAUGCUUAUUAUGAUUAUGCACCAAAGAAGCAUGAUUUAGAUUUAAAGAAUAGAAAUACUCCACCUGCUCAUCCAUCCAUUAAGGAUCCACCUAUAUUAGAAAUAAAGUCCCUCCCCUCUCACUUGCGAUAUACUGUUUUGGGGGCCAACAACACUUUGUCAGUUAUUAUUGCAGCUAAUCUGAGACAGUCAGAAGUAGAACCAUUAUUUUCAGUAUUGUAG